AUGGUCAAUGCAGCCCUACCCGACGGCAUCUACCUGCGUUCCAGCCUCAAUACUGGGCUCGUCGACCAGGUCAACUCGCUCGCUGCUUUCAGCCCGGACAUCAUCCCGCUGAGCCACACUAACGCCAAGCCUGCCACGCUUGCCGCGGCGCAUGAACACUUUCUCGCCCACGCGGUCGACCCCGCCGAGCCGCGCACCGCCAUCUACGUCCGCGGCCGCUCCGCCGUUGCCACUGGGCACGGUUGCCUGCGCCACACUGUCGGCCUGCGCGCGGUCCCGAGCGAGCUCGUGCUCUGGCCGCAGGCCUGGGAGGCCGCCGCGCCCCUCGGCACCGUCGAGCUCAAGGCUGGCAUGGACGGCAAAUUCGUCGCGUCCGCGGCGUAUGUGUCGUACACGCCCGCCCAAGGCCUCGGCCGUGCGGACGCGUUUGUCGCGACGUCGGGGCGCACGCCCACGAACCUCUCCGCGCGCGUCAAGACGUGGCGCGACCUCGUGCGGCUCGUCGGCCAGGAGCCGUCCGUCGCGACGUACAACUGCACGUUUGCGGACCCUGUGGCGCCAGAUGUGAGCGUUGCAACGCGCUUCCGCAUGUUGGACAACGCUAGGGGCGAGAGCGUCAGCAUGGUGUUUGCCAUCGAGGCUGUCGGCACGCCCAAGGACGACAUCGAGAUCGCCUUCUCCUGCGCCGGUGCAACACCCAACGCCAAACCGUUCUCAUUCGCGCAGCAGCGCGUUUCACUUUCGCCGACAGCGCUCGUGCAGACGAAGGUCGAGGUGCCCGCCAAUUUUGACGGCAUGUUGACACUCCACAUCACGAACGAGAGGAAGCGGGUCUUUGCGGAUAACUCGUCCGUCUCUAUCGUCGCAUACGCCAUCGAUGGGAAGGACAACUACGUGCUGCUCGGCGCGCAGCACGUCGUUUUCCACUCCAACAUGCGCGUCAAGAGGCUCGUGAAGCGCUACGAGGCGCGCCGUGCCGCUGCUGUGCAUCCCUCGCCAGCAAGCAAUGGAAGCGACCCAUUUUACUUCAGAGAGUCAGUGCAAGACGUGGACUCGUUCCCGAGGAACGAGAACGCGUCGCAUUCGUGCGAUAUUCAGCCCCUCGGACAGCAAGCGCUCCCGAACAUCAACUCGGUGCUGGGUGGUUCAAACUACUUUGUCGACGUCAGUGACCAGCGCGCAAUUACACUGUACCAGAACAUGUCCAAUUACGUGUAUCUCCGUGGCACAACGACUGAGGGAACAUCUGGGAACACACGUCUAUUUGCCAUCCCGAGUGGUCUCUUACUCCAUCCCUCGCUCUAUGAGCAGUACUCCAUCAUGGACUACGAUGAGAAUGGCGAUCCGACGGGUCCCGAGAUCCUCCCGUACAACACGUCGUCCGCUGAGCAGCCUGUCGUCAUCCAGAAGCCAUUCAACUGCGUCAAUUUGCCUCCCCUUCCUGCUGGCAGUGACCACUUCUGCUUGAUUGCCGAGUGCAAAUACGACGGGGUCGAUCCCUCUACCGGCGACAACUACCAGUGGCCGCAUGAGGAGACGGGCGAGUUUGUGACGAGUGGGGAGUUCGUGUCGUGGGUUCUCAGCAACCCCUGCGUGUCGUGGCGCAACAUCUGCUACGCCACGAGCCCAUCGGCCGCUACCCAGGUCAUGCGCAGCAGUCUGACCAUCCCGUCUGGUUUUUCUUCGACAGACAACUGGCAGAUCCAGGUGAACUGCGUGAACUGCCCGAGCGGCUCGGCGUUCUCCAUGGACUCGGACGACCCCGAGAUCUCGUACGGAAAGACGAUCAUCACGGGUUCGGACGCGGCAGGCGGCCCAGAGUUCACGGGCAAGUCCCCAGGGUACAACUGCCAGCUCGCGAUCAGCUGGUACGCGAACGGAAUGUCGAUGCAGGGGGGCCAACGCAUCGAGGCGCAGCUUGCUUACCUGACGUAUGAUACAGGGGUUGUAGCGAACACAUUCAGGAAGGCAGGAAAGCCUGCGGGAGCGGUCACUCUGAAGGUCGGGGAGGAAUACCCGAAUGCGUUCGAUGCCAAGGGUACCCCCCUGAAUGCGCGUGGUCUUCCGCGCCUGGGUGGUGCAUGGACGCGCCGCGCGCUGGGAGGGAAGUACACAGUGGAGGCGGGGAUUCUGAUCAAACACAUCAUUGGUGUCGACGCAAUGGGAUAUCAGUUGUCUUAG